AUGGCCGACUUUCCUCACGAUCCGUCGUUACCAAAUACCAAUUCUCAGAGCUUUCCUACUGAUGAGUCGACUCGCAAGCGAAAGAUCUCCAUUACAGCUCAACAUCCAUUAUUCCCUAGGCAUCGACUUGGUAGUACAUCCAAGGUCGACGGUCGACGUCCAUCCUUAACCAGCACAAUUUUGACCGAUUUCAGUAAAGAGGGUGGGAUUGAUUCACCAGCCAGUGGUCGCCAACGCUCUGCAUCCCCCGAUAUCAUCGCACCGUUACCCCGACGACAUCUUCUUAGCUCGCACCAGUCAAGAUUAUGGUUGUCUGAAGAACAGAACAGCAACGGCCCUCCUUCUCCCACCUCCUCAAGAGGUGUUUCCCCAACCUCAGUGACGUUUACUUCGAGCCGGUCACAGAAUGGAUUAGAUACUAUCUCAAGACGGCUCAUCUCGAAGAGGAGCCUCGGAUCAUUGUUGAAUGCUACACCUCCGGUCUCUCCGAGACUUGGACAAGCUACUCUCGAUUCAGCUGCGCGUUCCGCUAUAAAGCAAGGCCAGAAAACGAAGAUGAAGCAUGUUGGUGAUCAUUUAAAUCAUGAAGAGGGAUUAGGAAGGCGUUUCAUACGAUGGGCACACAAACGAGGCUUGAAAGAAUGGAUCUCGGUGGGAAUCCUGAUUGUAGGAGUGUUGAUUAGGCUAUGUAUUGGAAUUGGGUCAUACUCAGGAGAGAGAACUCCACCUAUGUUUGGAGAUUACGAAGCUCAGAGGCACUGGAUGGAACUUACAAUUCACCUUCCUCCGCGAGAUUGGUACACCUACGACCUUCAGUACUGGGGACUCGACUAUCCUCCUUUGACCGCGUAUGUCUCGUGGUUAUGUGGAAAAGCUGGGUCUUGGAUUGAACCUACAUGGUUUGCACUCAAAACGUCUCGUGGAAUCGAAUCGACCGGGAGCAAACUUUACCUGCGAUUGACUGUGGUUAUUUGCGACUUGCUCGUCUACGUCCCUGCGCUACAUCUAUUUAAGACUAGUUGGUUGGGAACUCGGUCGAAAAGAACUCAGGAACUGGCAUUCCUUACUUUAAUGUUCCAACCCGCGCUCCUUCUGAUUGAUUUUGGACACUUCCAGUACAACUCGGUCAUGCUUGGUUUCACAAUUCUCGCUGUGGAUUUUUUUGCCACAGGACAAGAUGAGAUUGGGGCAAUUUUCUUUGCCCUCAGCCUUGGGUUCAAACAAAUGGCGUUGUAUUAUGCUCCUGCAAUUGGUACAUAUCUUCUUGCAAAGUGUAUUCUUCUUGGACCAGUUGCUGGCCUCCGAUUAUUUAUUCGGCUUGCACUUACCACUUCUCUGGCUUUCGUCGUUCUUUUCUUGCCAUUCCUUCCACCCUUCGCGCCCCUAACCACCAUUUUACAUCCCAUCACCCGAAUCUUUCCAUUUGCAAGAGGGUUGUUUGAAGACAAAGUCGCCAACUUCUGGUGUGCCUCCAAUGUACUGUUCAAAUGGAAAAACUGGGCAUCUCCUUCAUUUCUGGUCAAAACAUCCACCGCGUUUACUCUUCUCGGUUUCUUACCUGGCACAAUAGUGAUGUUGCGCACUGGCUGGAAGCUGAAAACAAAUAAAGGAACCAACACCGAGUCCAAACCAAAGUCGAAUAUUGAACCGGAACCAACACCGAUCCUUCCUUUACUCCCUUAUACGCUACUCAACUCUUCGAUGUCGUUCUUUCUAUUUUCUUUCCAAGUACAUGAAAAAACAAUCUUACUUCCGCUCAUGCCGAUAACGUUACUACUUUCUGGAGCGGCACAAGAUUCAUCUAUCUUUGCAUUGGGCGCACUAGUGACCAACACUGCGGUGUUUAGCAUGUGGCCUUUACUCAAACGAGACGGUCUUGGAGCACAAUAUGUAGCGCUGCUGCUGCUUUGGAACAGGGUCAUUGGACACAAUCCUCUACGAUUUCCAAUCCAGAAUUUGGUGCAGUUCAUAUCCAUCAACGUUUAUCUGGCCGGUAUAACUCUACAUCUACUGGAAAUGGUGGUAACGCCUCCAGAGAGGUAUCCCGACUUGUUCGCGGUGUUGAAUGUACUGAUCAGUACUCCGAUAUUUGUGUUGACCUGGUUGUGGAGUAUAAAGGGUUGCGUGGAGGUUGGCUGGGCAAUCGGUGGAUUGGGAGGAUCGGAAAAACCAGCUGGAUUUUCGCAUAGGGAAAGGACGUUGUCUGGAUUAUAA